AGCGGAAGUGGCGCCGGUAAGGGCGGAAGCAGUGUGAGGGGUCGGAGCUGGGGUUCCGUCCCCGCUGGGCUGCCGCCCCCGUUGGGCUGCCACAAUGGAACUCAGCGCCGAGCACCUCCGGGAGAAGCUGCAGCGGGACCUGGAGGCGGAGCACGUGGAAGUGGAGGACACGACUCCCAGCCGUUGCGCCUCCAGCUUCCGAGUCCUCGUGGUGUCGGCCAAGUUCGAGGGGAAGCCGCUGCUUCAGAGACACCGGCUUGUGAACACUUGCCUAGCAGAAGAGCUCCUGCACAUCCAUGCCUUUGAGCAGAAAACCCUGACCCCAGAGCAGUGGGCCCGUGAGCAGCAGAAAUAAAGGACCCGGAUCUGCACACCUAUUAAAUUAUGAAUCAGGGCCA